UCAACAAAUUCAAAACCUAUGCAAUUAUACCCUUUAAAAAACUGAAUAUAUUUACACGGACAAAUCAUUACAGAUUAGGAAGAAAGAUAGUUGUAUGUAAUUGGACCGCGUCAACCAAAAACAAAAUAAAUUUAGAUCAGGAAGUAAUUUUGCUAUUUAGAUGUACCUGUAUAUAUUAUAAAGAAUUAUAUUUUUCAAUCAUUGAUCAUUCGCGAUUUUGAAUCUCUUGAUGUAAGAUAAUAUUUGCUAAAUUUGCCAACUUACAUAAGACUAUACAGAUUGGUAUUGCAGCAACUUUUUAUGAAAAGAGAAUUGUUCCUCAAAAACACGAUUGCUGCACUUUUGGACCGAUCCAGCUAUCUUCUCGAUAUGAAACGGGGAAAUACUGUAUUUACCGUAAACCAAUUGCGACGAAGAGAAAUUUUGAGUAAAUCGAUGUAUUUUGUGUUUUGGAUACUGAUUAUUCUAGAUCAAGGGGACGGUACUACAUUGUGUACACAGGCUUCUAAAUCUUAUUCCUUACCAGUUUCCUCCCUGUGCUACCAGACCUCAGCCUCAGCCAAUCGAGUUGUGCUGGACGGAUAUCUCACUUACCAAUCAUUCACCACGGUCUGUAGUUGUACGCUGACCUCAUCAAAAAGUACAACUGUCGGAUUUAAGGCACUGAAUAACUUACACCCUAUUUACGCCGGCUGUGGGAGUAACAUACUAAUACACACAGGACGGACUUCCUUCAGCAUCGGCUGUUUUAUUACCGGGAGUGCCACAGUCUCCCCAACUCAGGCAGUUACGCUUAAUUUUGAAAAACCUCUCGAUGGCUAUAACUCCAAUUACUGCAUGCUUAUAGAUUCAGAUGUCAAUGAUGUCGUUCUCACUCUCAAAUGUGACGGAGACCUUAACUUUCCUUCGUCAACUUUAAUUCCUUUAUCAACAUUAGGCACAAGAUCAACUACGACGACACUAACUUCUGAAACACCG